CAAAAUCCUGUUUGAUUAAAAUUCAGGAACAUUAAUAGACAUAGAGAAAGAUGAUGAUGACAGUUUCAAAUAUGCAUUUGUUGCAUUGAAUGCUGCUAUAAAAGGUUGGCCAAACUGCAAACCAAUCAUCGUGGUAGACGGUACAUUCCUAAAGGCCGCGUAUGGAGGCACGUUGCUCACUGCCAACACACAAGAUGCAUAAUCGAAAAUUUUUCCACUAGCAUACUGCAUAGUUGAUUCUGAGAACGAUAAAUCGUGGGAGUGGUUCUUAAAAAAAAUAAAAGAAGCAUUCGGGGUUCGAGAAUGUCAAUGCCUAAUAUCAGACAGACAUGAAAGCAUCAUCAAAGCAACUAGGAAAGUGUUCCCUGAAAUAACACAUGGCUACUGCAUCUUCCACCUCUUGUCGAACCUCAAAACAAAAUUCAAAAAAAAUGCAAAGCAUUUCAGAGUGCCAUUCUUUGCAGCUGCAAAAGCUUACACAGAAAUGGAGUUUGAAUUCCAUAUGAGGGAGCUAGACAACUUGGAUAAGCGCAUAAGACCGUACCUGGAAAAAAUUGGCCAUGAAAAAUGGUCAAGGUAUCAUUCAGAAAACAACAGGUACUCUACCAUGACAUCAAACAUAGCUGAGGCACUGAACUCAGCAAAUUUAGCAGCAAGGGAAACACCAGUGACAACAUUAAUGGAGUGCUUGAGGGCACAAAUGCAAGAGUGGACAUACAAUAAUAGAAAGGAGGCACAAAAAUGCACAACAAGGCUGACACCAUCAUCUGAGAAAAAACUCAUAGGGAACUAUGUACAGUCAUUGCGACUAACAGUGAAACCAGCAAACCAAAACCUGUUUGAGGUGAUAGAUGAAGACAGAACAAGAAUAGUAAACUUGAAGGAGAAGACGUGCACAUGCAAUAGAUUUCAAAAAGAUGAAAUGCCAUGUAACCAUGCAGUCGCCGUCAUGAAGGACUUGAACAUAAACACAUACAACUACUGUGCACAAUACUACACAUCAAAAGUAUGGCUGCAAACAUAUGAAGAAACAAAGAUACCCGAUUGGAAACGUAAGAGAAUGGGAACUUCCAGAAUUUUUUGA